AUGAAACUGUUCAGUCUUCCUCCUCCGACCGAUCGAUGCAGUUGGCUCUAUGAUGUUGUGGGAUUCAUCUGCGAGCCAUACUAUAAGGAAGAAGAAGAUGACAGACACGCCGACAAUAGUAUUGAUAAAAAAGAAGAGCAAGAAGAAAGGAAGGUAAUUAAAAUUGAUACCGAGUAUAGGUUCAAGGUUGUGAGAAUACUUCCUCCUGAAGACGAGAAAAACCUUUGUUUCGAAUUCAAGAUUCAGUUCUUCUCUAAUGAUAUUGGUGAGUGGAGAGAAUCACUAGUAUCAUGUCCACGCGGCUUUAUUUAUUCCGAACUUAAACGUUGUGGCUUUGCUACCAAUGGAAUGCUAUACUGGACUGCUAGAGACGGUGAUCUACUCGGGCUGGGACCUUUGAUGAUCAACAACAAGAGCACUCCCACUUGUUCAAAUAGUACUACUGCCCAUGGUGAUUUGGGGUAUCAAUUUCAUGUUAUUAAACAUGUUGAUCGGCAGGAACAUCCAGAUUUACUUUCUUCAUUAUAUUAUUACCUUCAGGUGCACCGUGGACGUCUGCAGUUGGUGUGGAUGGUGCAGAAUGAGAACAGGAUUGGAGCUAAGCUAUUUGUUUGGGAGUUAGAAAAAGAAGAACUAGAACAAAUGGCGGUAAAAGGGGGUGGAGAACUGAGUCAGAAACACCGAAACAUUUAUUCUUUAAUGGACGGGGUAUCCUUUCUGUAUACUUCGCGAAUGGAGUACUAUGCUUCGCAAAGGGAGUAUGAUUUGCUGGAGUAUUUCGGUUUUGAUCCAAACGAUUUGGAUACAUGUUUUGUGUCUCUAAAAGAUGAUACCCGUUCAGAAAAGGAAAAGGAACAAACAUAUUAUGAUUAUGAGGAUGACGAUGACGACGAUGACGAUACUGUCUUUUACAAGUGCAACAUUCACACAGGAGAAUGUUCCAAGAUGAAGAUGAAUAAACGAUACUUUUGGGGGAAGGCAUUACAAAUUAUGCUCCCAUGGUGGCCCACACCGGUUCCUAGAAUACGUUCCCAUAAGGCAGAGACCUCCAGUGAGCAAAAAUACGAUAGACGCCGACAAACAGGAGCUACGUCGAAGUCAGUCAGUGUUCUUCUUCCUGUCCUUGCAACAGUACUACGUAUGCUGAAUCUGUUUUGGAGUAUGGCUUUGUUCAUUUCCAGAAGAAUCGCGCAUUCAUUUGGUUCUGGUUUAGCAUCUGCCCAUGUUACCAUGGGUGGAUCAUUGAUUUGUGCUUGUCGAAUGCUUUCGACUUCCGUCUUGACCCAAGAGUCAUUUUGCUCUGACUCAUUGUCCUUAAAGCCUGAGGGGGCUUCAGAGUGCACUACAGUGACAAAAUUUGGUGAUGAAAAGAAAGGAUCCACAACUUUGGCUGAUGAUAUUUUUGAUGCACCAAUUACAAUGGAUAUUGCUCGUCAGAUCUUCUUCUUCUUUCGUUGGAUUCAUCCGGUUAAAAUGUGGCAGCUAGCAAAAAGGCAACAGCCAUCGAAUUGGAAGGAUAGUGGUCGAACCAGCCAUGGAAACUUGAGUGAUCCCCAGCAUAGAGGUGUCAACAGACGAAGUCAUACUUCUAAGAAUGUAGAACUUCUGGGACUAAAGAUGGCUCUGUCAUCUCGAGCGGCACAGGGAAAGCUUCUGGUUUUUGAGGAUUUUGGGAUCUACAGAAAUAAACCCGAUAACGUUGUGAACUAUGUCAAAGAAAGAAUGAAAAAGGAGAAGAAGAAAAAAAUUCUGCUGGUGGAUGGUGGUCCAAUAAGUAAAGAGCUCAAGUUGGCUACUGAACGUUUACGUUGUGUGACUGUGAUGCCCUCAAGUGAGUUGGAUGCCCUUAGCAUGAUCUCUUAUGACAGAGUGGUGAUGUCUCGUGAUGCUGUAAAAAAAAUUACUGAGAAAAUUAUGCAUACACCGAUCAACCAUGGAAGCAACACAACAUACUGGUGAUGCUGUAAGUAAAAUUGUUAUGCUUCGAAGUGGGAGAUUAAGUAUAAGUUGUGAGCAACAAGGUUUGUGCUUCUCCAAAUUCUGAAAUGUUCUUCUGCAGCAUCAGCACCGUCCAUGAACAGACAUUAUUUUGUUUAAGCCACUUUUGAUCCAAAUGGUCAGAUUUCAUGACAUGAUUUUUAUCUACCAUGUGAUUUUGUUUAUGUCUUUGAACGAGGAAAAACGUUUAUUAGGUAUGUAAUGAUCAUUGCAUUGAGUUUCUUCAUGUUGAGCCAGAGAAGUGAAAUUGGUAUGGAGGUAAUUAAGAACGAGGAGAACUGUACGUUCUUUGUAAACAGAGACCAAGCAGAGUAUGUUUCUUGGCAUUAGAGUGAAUAUACAAGUGCAGGAAACUCUGCUUAAGAUAUAGUU